GACAACCAGAAACUCUACUACUACAGGGGCAACUACCUGACGUUUAAGAAGAUGUACGUACAGAAACAGAAAGAACUCCUGAAGCAGUAUGAGAAACAAGAGAAAAAGCUCAAAGACCUGAAGGCUGGUGGAAAGUCCACCAAACAAGCUGAGAAACAGACGAAAGAUGCCCAGACAAGGAAACAGCAGAAGGGGAAGAAGAAAAGUCAGGAGGAGGAGAGCCAUGAGGCCACAGAGCUCCUCAAGAGGCCGAGAGAAUAUACCGUCAAAUUCACCUUCCCGAACCCUCCUCCGCUCUCACCGCCUAUUCUCGGCCUGCACAGUGUUGACUUUGGUUAUGCAGGCCAGAAGCCUCUGUUCAAUAAUGUGGACUUUGGUAUAGAUAUGGAUUCCAGAGUAAGUCACACGUCUAUAGAAAUUAUGACUAGCAGGUUAAUUACAACGGCACAAGACAAUACAAAAGGAGAGAUGAGGAAGAACCAUCGAUUGAAAGUAGGGUUCUUCAACCAGCAGUAUGCUGAUCAGCUGAACAUGGAGGAGUCUCCCACAGAGUACCUCCAGAGGAACUUCAACCUCCAAUACCAGGAUGCCAGGAAGUGCCUGGGUCGCUUUGGGUUAGAGAGCCACGCACACACCAUCCUGAUCUCCAAACUGUCUGGUGGUCAGAAAGCAAGAGUGGUAUUUUCUGAACUUGCUUGUCGGCAACCUGACGUCCUUAUUUUGGAUGAGCCCACAAAUAACUUGGACAUCGAGUCGAUUGAUGCAUUGUCAGAAGCCAUCAACGAAUACAAAGGGGCUGUGAUAAUUGUAAGCCACGAUGCCAGGCUGAUCACCGAGACCCAGUGCCAGCUGUGGGUGGUCGAGGACCAGUCGAUCAACCAGAUUGAUGGAGACUUUGAAGAAUACAAGAGAGAAGUGCUGGAGGCUCUUGGAGAAACCCUGGUCAACAAGCCUAAAGAAUGAACAAUGGCUGGUAUUAAUAACAAGAGUGUCAAACUACAUCACUAAAGGGCUUUUUGUUGCAUCUAACUAGGCCUCAAUAGAACCAAAAAUUUUUUGUUAAAUUGAUGGAUUAUGCCGAGCACCUGCAUGCAAACGGUGCAGGGUGAUAUACACAAACCCUACAGAACCAGGAUGGGGUUUUUCACAUCUUUUACUUUACACGUGAAGACUGAUUCCAGAUCACUAUUUUUACUUGCUGACAAUUUAUACAUACAGCGCUUGUUCUUUAGUCAUGAUGUCUGGCAUUCUUGUAUUAUGCUUACAUUCAUCAUUACCAGCUCUGUUCAUCCAUGUGAUGCAAUGCUAUAAAACACACUGUCACUAUCAAAUGUGAACAGAUGGGGCUAACAGUGUGCAGUUUGAUAAUGGAGUCUGAUUGCUGACACAUACUUAGUAUUAACCUGCCUUUGUAAGGAGUACUUCGGUUCAGGUCAUUAAAUUGUCAUUAUGCUUGCAUUCUAAAGCAGAUCCAAAUUGUUUAACCUAUAUAAAUGUUCAAACAGUGAUGCUCCCGGUAGCUCAUCUGUCUUGAAUGAUGAAAUCAACUAUUGACUAACUUGAUUUGAAUAAAAGAUAUUGAAUAAAGUAUGCAUCCAAAUGUCAUGGAAAAAGCAAAUAAAUAAUUUUUGCAACAAA